AUGUCCAACAGCAGCUCCAUCAGGCACUUCCUCCUGCUGGAAUUGGCAGACACGCGGCAGCUGCAGCUCCUGCACUUCUGCCUCUUGCUGGGCAUCUCCCUGGCUGCCAUCCUGGGCAACAGCCUCAUCAUCAGCACCGUAGCCUGCGGCCACCACCUGAACAUGCCCAUGUUCUUCUUCCUGCUCAACCUGGCCCUCAGUGACCUGGGCUCCAUCUUCACCACUGUCCCCAAAGCCAUGCACAAUUCCCUCUGGGACACCAGGAACAUCUCCUACACAGGAUGUGCUGCACAAUUAUUUUUUUUUGCCUUUUUCAUCUCUGCAGAAUUUUCCCUCCUGACCAUCAUGUGCUACGACCGCUAUGUGUCCAUCUGCAAACCCCUGCACUACGGGACCCUCCUGGGCAGCAGAGCUUGUGCCCACAUGGCAGCAGCUGCCUGGGUCAGCGCCUUUCUCCAUGCUCUCAUGCACACAGCCAAUACAUUUUCCCUGCCCCUGUGCCAGGGCAAUGCCCUGGGCCAGUUCUUCUGUGAAAUCCCUGCUAUCCUCAAGCUCUCCUGCUCACACUCAGACCUCAGAAAACUGGGACUUCUUAUGUUUUCCAUCUGUUUAUCACUUGGUUGUUUUGUGUUCAUUGUUUUCUCCUAUGUGCAGAUCUUCAGGGCUGUGCUGAGGAUCCCCUCAGAGCAGGGACGGCACAAAGCCUUUUCCACCUGCCUCCCUCACCUGGCCGUGGUCUCUUUGUUCCUCAGCACUGCCACAUUUUCUGACUUGAAGCCCCCCUCUUUGUCUUCUCCAUCCCUGAAUCUGGCCCUUUCACUUCUGUACUCAGUGGUUACUCCAGCCCUGAACCCCCUCAUCUACAGCCUGAGGAACCAGGAGCUCAAGGCUGCAGUGAGGAGA